AUGGAGUCACUGAGGAACUGCUGGUUAUUGGGCCUCAGCCUCACCUUCCUCACAGCCUUCAGCUCUCUGUACCUCCAGCUGCCAGGCCUGUACGGGAAGGAUGGGAUCCUGCCAGCCCGCCGGAUGCUGCAUUUCUCCGCCAAGCCCCUCCUGGAGCAGCUGAAAGAUGCUCCGACAUUGCUGUGGCUCUGCCCUCACCUUGGGCUGGACACUGAGCAGGGCAUGGAACUCAUCUGUCUGCUGGGCUCAGCACUGUCCUUUGCUGCUCUGCUCAUAAAGCAACUGAGGGACAGUAUCAUUUUUUUCUGCCUCUGGUUUCUGUAUCUCUCUCUGCACCAGGUUGGUCAAGUCUUCCUGUUCUUCCAGUGGGACAGUUUGCUGCUGGAGGUGGGCUUCCUCGCAGUGCUAGUGGCUCCUCUCCAUCUCCGCAAAUGGCGUUCUGCAGCUCACAGACACCACGACAGGGUCACCUUCUGGCUCGUCCGGUGGCUCUUUUUCCGGUUGAUGUUUGCGUCUGGCGUGGUCAAGCUGACCAGUCGCUGUCCAACCUGGUGGGGACUGACCGCUCUGACCUAUCACUACGAGUCGCAGUGUAUCCCGACGCCGGGGGCCUGGUUUGCUCACCAGCUGCCGGUCUGGCUGCACAAGCUGAGUGUGGUUAUCGUCUACACCAUUGAGAUUGCCGUCCCUUUGCUCUUCUUCUCUCCAACCCGUCGUCUAAGGAUCUUCUCCUUCUACAUUCAGGCCCUGCUCCAGAUCCUCAUCAUAGUGACUGGGAACUACAACUUCUUCAAUCUGCUGAGCAUCGUGCUGAGUUUCUCACUGCUCGACCAGGAGCACAUCGACUUCUGGCUCCGGAGCAGUAAGAAGAGGCGCUCCAGGUCCAGGGCUGACACACUACAAGCCUGGGUAGUCACACUGCUGGAGCUCUCUGUGUACACAACACUGCUUCUCGGCACCAUCCACUACUUCGGGCUGAAGGUGAAUUGGGAAAGCCAGACCAUCGAGUCCUCCACAGCCUUCACAUACCACGAGUUCCUUCAUUGGCUGAAACUGGUGAUCGUUCCCACCAUCUGGCUCGGGGUCCUGUCCUUGACCUGGGAGAUUGUGGCAGCCAUGCUGAGUGCUCUGUGUGUGCGAGGAUUCUUCCCCAAGCUCUGGGCCACAUUACAAUGCACCAUAUUUGCUGCUGUUGCUGCCUCAAUGUUUGCUGUUAGCCUGGUGCCGUACACAUUCAUCGAAUACGAAGCUAACAGUAACUUGUGGCCCCAAGUGCAGUGGCUGCACCGGGCUGUGGAUCGCUACCAGCUGGUCAGCUCCUAUGGGCUGUUCCGGAGGAUGACUGGGGUUGGAGGCCGGCCCGAGGUGGUACUUGAAGGCAGUUAUGAUCGGCAGAUAUGGAUGGAGAUCGAGUUCAUGUACAAACCGGGGAACAUUAGUGAGGCUCCAGCCCUGGUCGCCCCACAUCAGCCCCGGCUCGACUGGCAGUUGUGGUUUGCUGCUCUGGCUCCUCACACUCACAGCCCCUGGUUCAUCAGCUUCAUACAGCGCCUACUGGAGGGCAGCAAGGAUGUGACACGUCUGGUGCAAGUGGAUGAGACCAGAUAUCCCUUUAGUGAGCGACCACCCACCUACCUCCGGGCCCAGCUCUAUCGUUACUCAUACACUGUGGCCUCCGCGGGCAGGUCGCUGCCGCGGGAUUGGUGGACAAGGCAGCGUGUGGCUGAGUUCUUCCCCACCGUCUCCUUGGGAGACCCCACCCUCGAGUCACUGCUCCUCGAGCAUGGCUUCAAGGACAAACCAUCUCCGAGGCGGGUGUCGGAGUCUUUGUUGCCGUCCCUCCUGCGGCUGGUGCGGGAGCAGACGCAGCUGUUCACGGGCCCAGGGCUGAUCGGCUCUUUGGUCUGCACGGCGCUGCUGAUCUCUCUGGCUAGAGCGCUGAUGAGCCGGAGGCCGGUUGGCAAAGUGUACAGAGCGGCCAACAACAGCCAGAACGGACAGGGCAAGAGGAAGUAGCUGUGCUGUUGCUGGCGGCGGACACAGACUGCCACACGCGUUUUCUACUGAUUUAUAUUUUUCUACUGUCGUGCUCCCCCACCCUUGGCUCUCUCUCGCCUCCCUCUCCCC